UCAUAACACAAUUUAGUUAUUUAUUUUUUCUUUUAAGUACUCUAUUUUUAAUUUUUAGUGUUUUUGGACAAAAGUUACUCAGGUCUAUUGAAAGCUUACAAAAGUACACGCCAUUGAUACAAAUUCAUUCUAACGGCCCAAUCGGAGUAUGACACGUGUACAAAAUGGACCCCAUUUACUAUGAAAAUUAGAACUCGUCUCUACAGCAGUGAAGAUGAUUGGUUUGUCUACAGACGAGUCACUCUAUCGUCAUCUCGUAUUUUUUUUAUUUUUUAUUUUUUAUUUUGAUAUUUUUAAAUUUUUAUUUUUUCUUCGUCAAACUCGUACGGACGGAUAUUCCGCUGCAACUAAAAACUCUUUUAAUUUUGGGAAGCAAAUACUUUCGGAUCUGAGAUGGGUUUGAAUGAUUUUAUCUGAAAAUGAUUAUAGCAAUCAUUUUGUUGUUCUGAAAGAAUUCGAUUCUUUGUUUUUUUUUUCUUUUUUUUUUUGGAACGCUUAGUGUUGAUUUUUUUUUUUCAUUAUUUAAUUGAAUAUUCGAAAUCUGACACCAUGAGGAAGAAGCUCGAUACCCGGUUUCCUGCUUUCUUGAAAACAUAUAGCACUUGGAGUAAUGUUGAUGGAAGAGACAGAAGUAAUACUCUUUAUCUUUUGGUGGAUUGACGAUGAAAGUGAGCAGAGGCAAUUAUAGUGGGAAUGUUAAGAUGAUGAGAGUAUUGAUGGUGUCAUAAUGAGCAGAAAGGCUCGAAUCAAAAAGAUUAUGCAAGCUGAUGAGGAUGUUGGAAAGAUAGCUUUGGCAGUGCCUGUUUUAGUUUCUAAGGCAUUGGAACUAUUUUUGCAAGAUCUUUGUGAUCGAACAUAUGAGAUAACCCUUCAAAGAGGAGCAAAGACCAUGAAUUCACUGCAUUUGAAACAUUGUGUACAGAGCUACAACGUGUUUGAUUUUCUGAGGGAUAUUGUCAGCAGAGUUCCUGAUUAUAGUCAUGGUCAUUCUGAUGUAGGUGGUGAUGACCGAGCCCUUCCAAAGAGAAGAAAAGCUGCAGGUGAUGAAUGCAUCGAAAGCGAUGAAGAAUUAAGAAGAAGCAAAAUGCUAGAGAUAAGCCAUGGCAGUAGCAGUGGGAGAGGAAGAGGCCGGGGUAGGGGACGAGGACGUGGACGAGGUGCUCGAGCAGCAGAAAGAGACACCUCUCACCCAGAAACUGAAUCUGAUCCCUGUACAUCUCUUCCGUGCAGCACCAAACAUAAUGUGAACCCUGGAGUCUCUACACAUAAUGCUUCUGAUACAAAAGAGUCAUUAAAGGAAGAUAUGAACAUUGGUGAUGAUGCUGAUCCAGCGGUUCGGAAUUUUGACCUGAAUGCUGAUGUAAAUGAGUCAGCAAACGAGAAGGAGGAUGCAAAGGGAGCAGCUGCAGCGGCUGCAUUGGCAGCGACAAAAUCAGUAGCAGCAUCAUCCCAAGCCCCAUCAACUGAACCCACUUCCGAGACUAAACAUGAAGAAUAUCCUGGUUGGUCACUUUCAGAGAUGGAUCAUAUGGCCAUCGACCCUCUUCAGCUUGCACAUCUUGGCACAAGGAUAGAUGAGGAUGACGAAGAUUACGACGAGGAAGGGUAGUUAUGCAAGUAGUAGAGAGAUAAAGGAGUAGUGUGUUGGUAUCAGAGAACUUGAUGGGAAGGUCACGAAGAAAAUGCACAAAUAAAAGAGUCUUAUUAGAAAGAUGGAAAUUGUGCCGAGCAGAUCUUUCCUUCUGUUUUAUUUUAUUUUAUUUUAUUUUUGGUUCUUUUUCUUCUUUCCCCUUAAAUGUUUCUGUCAAAAUAGCAAAGUGGAAACGACCAUUUCAUCAGCUAGCUUGUCCUGACAUACGUAGAGAUCUGUCUCUGCAUCUUUAAGUCUUAAAACAGUGUAGAAGAGUAUGGUAGCCUUGUUGUUGGUAGCAUUGUAUGUUCCUUCUUUUCUUUA